UAAGGCGCGCGCGGUUUGCGCCGACCGCGGACGCCAAUUCAAAAAUGGAAUUCUAAAAGUGACAGCAUUAUCACAGAUUAUUAAUAAUAAUGUCGAUUGAUCGCUAAGUUAAGAUGUAUCGAUGUGUAAUCAAUGUUUGGGUGAAUCGAUUUUUUUUAUGUUGAAUUUUUAAUAUUGCAGUGCCGUGGGCGAGUGUUGGUUUAUUAUGUGAGUGUAUACUGCGUCCGUAUAGUUUGGAUACAGAUCCCACAAUUUCCCUUCAGCAAUGCCAUCGCACCCAAGGUUCAGCCGACUGGAGGACGACUAUAUAGAAGUGAUGUGGCGCCGCGGACAAAGCCGGUCACCAUAGCAAUAUUGUUGUCUACUCGGAUUGGGGAGAUUCAAAAAUGAAUCUCCUCAACAUGGACGCGGAGAACCGCGUCGUGCUGAACGUGGGCGGGAUCCGGCACGAGACGUACAAGGCUACGCUGAAGAAGAUCCCGGCGACCAGGCUCUCCAGGCUGACCGAGGCCUUGGCCAACUACGACCCGGUCCUCAACGAGUACUUCUUCGACAGGCAUCCGGGGGUCUUCGCCCAAGUCCUGAACUAUUACAGAACCGGCAAGCUCCACUACCCUACAGACGUCUGCGGGCCGCUGUUCGAAGAGGAGCUGGAGUUCUGGGGGCUGGACGCCAACCAGGUGGAGCCUUGCUGCUGGAUGACGUAUACUCAGCAUCGAGACACGCAGGAGACCCUGGCCGUCCUGGACCGCUUGGACCUGGACACGGAGAAGCCGUCUGAUGAGGAGGUGGCUCGCAAGUUCGGCUUUGAGGAGGAUUACUACAACGGCACGGUCUCGUGGUGGCAGCAGCUGAAGCCCCAGAUGUGGUCACUGUUCGAUGAACCUUAUAGUUCUAACGCUGCUAAGAUAAUCGGCGUAAUAUCAGUGUUUUUUAUUUGCGUAUCAAUAAUAUCGUUUUGCUUGAAAACGCAUCCGGACAUGAGAGUGCCAGUGAUACGGAACUAUACAGUGACUACCGCGAACCAAAGUCCAGGCUGGGCGUUGGACAAAGUUCAGACCAACGCUCACGUCGCGUUCUUCUACAUCGAGUGUGUGUGCAACGCGUGGUUUACCCUCGAGAUCCUCGUCAGAUUCAUAUCCUCGCCCAAUAAAUGCGAAUUCGUCAAAUCCUCCGUCAAUAUCAUCGACUAUAUCGCCACCAUGAGUUUCUACAUCGACUUGAUCCUCCAAAAGUACGCGUCCCACGUCGAGAACGCCGACAUACUAGAGUUCUUCUCGAUAAUUAGGAUUAUGAGACUUUUUAAAUUGACCAGGCACUCGUCCGGCCUCAAGAUCCUCAUUCAGACUUUCAGAGCGUCCGCAAAGGAACUGACGCUAUUAGUGUUUUUCUUGGUGCUUGGAAUUGUGAUUUUCGCAAGUCUGGUGUAUUAUGCGGAACGGAUACAGACGAAUCCGCAUAAUGACUUCAACAGCAUACCGCUGGGGUUGUGGUGGGCGCUGGUUACCAUGACAACGGUGGGGUAUGGUGAUAUGGCGCCGAAGACUUACGUCGGUAUGUUCGUCGGAGCUCUGUGCGCGUUGGCUGGUGUGCUGACGAUAGCUCUGCCCGUGCCAGUCAUAGUAUCAAACUUUGCGAUGUACUACUCGCACACGCAGGCGCGGGCGAAGCUGCCCAAGAAGAGACGAAGAGUGAUCAACGUCGAGCCCACUAGACCACCACUACGAGCACCCGGAGUGCCAGGUGGUCAAGCAGGUCCGAUGGCACCAGGCAUGGGUCAACAGGCUGCAAACCGAAGAAUGAAUGCCAUAAAGACGAACCAUCCAAAAGACAUCAUAGGACCUAACAUGGUUGCAAGCUUAAUGCCGGGGAUAGAUUUAUCAGUUGCCACACGUCUCACACCAAGUCCCCGUGACAUGAGCCCUGCACUAGCUAUCGCCAUACCAAUGAUGAAGUCAGUCAACUUGGUACCAGCACAGUGCUUCGACAACAUGGCGUACCAUACAGAAAAACGGAUAGAGCAACCUUUAGAAGAAAACAAAGCCUCUAGUAGACAAGAUUCAGUUGAAAGUGAUAACACAGUCAAAGCAAAUGAUUACAACAACGAACAAUACGAUAAAAUUGAAGAAAAAACAGAUGCAAGAACUCCUCUACUCAGAGGUCAUAAAAACGAAUCGCUUGAUGAAAAUAAACUUAGAGAUGCAAAUAUCGAAAAGCGAAAAUCAUCAGCUUCAACAUAACGAAUAAUGCAUAACACAAAUAGUAAUGUAUGAUAUCGAACUAAUAUUACUGCUAAGUUAGUAAAAGAGACCAAUAGUAUACUAAGAAUUAUUUUGAAAUUGUAAAAGCACGCUAUAUUUGUAACAUAUUAGAAUCAAAGCGAUUUGGGUAAAAUGGCUGAAGCGGUGCCCAAUUUGAUAAAUCUAAAAAUUUAUAUCGAGAAAUUAAAAAUACGAAAUUAUUGAAAUCACAAUUUUGUAUUAAAUUGAAAUAACACUUUCUUUGAGGUUUGAUGUAUCAUACAUUCAUUAAAAAUGUAAAUUAAAUUUCAAUUAGGAGUAAGUACGUUUUUUGCAGAAUACAAUCAUUGAACUUUAAAAUUUAAGUAUUAAAGGCCGUGAUAGUUUUAAGUUGUAAUUAAGAAAGAUCUAAACUAUUUUAAAUGUAAAAAUAGUCAUUUUAUUCUGGUAAUUUUGGUCUUAGUUUAAAAUUAGGGGUUGAGGAGUCAUUGAAAUCAAUUUGUACUAAUCCAUUUUACCCAUCGUUUUCUAUUCUCGACGCUUUUUAUACCUAUUUCUUGAAAUAUCUCUUGAUUAAUUUACCAUGCAAACCUUUAAAGUUUCCUAUAAAGUUAACUAUGUUCUUAACUUAUUGCCGACUAUCAAACAUCAAAUUCAGAUUAAUUUAUCCUUAUCUAGUGCUAUUUAUGCAACAACUUUAAAACAAACACAACUUUUAAAUCUGAAAUUUUGAAAUGUUUUCAAAUCGCUCUAAAGACAUAACCCUCAUCAUCAUUAAAAGAUGAAUGAUAAAUAAUAGUGGUAUAUCGGUGAAAUUAAUAAUAAUUCAAUCUAUUUGUAAUCUGUCGAUAAGUUACUUAGCAACGUUGUUAUUUGUCAAAAAGUCCAUACAAUAUUUGACAAACAACAACGUUGCUAAGUAAUAAACAGAUUACAUUUAGGAUUUAUUAAAUUAAUUUCGGUUGUGAAUAAUUACGAAAGUUGAUAGUAUGGACUACCUACUCACUUGUUUUCACUACAAAUAUUAUAGAUGAAAGAACAGAACGAAAUAAUAUAAAGACGGUUUGCUACAGAAUUUAAAAUAAGAAAGGUAGCGUAUCUCGAGCCAAACGAUAAAAAAUAGUAGGUACUCAAGGAUUUCAAAUAUAUAGUGCCACCAGUCUAUCUGUUCAGGUGACAGCGACGCUAAUGGAGAAUUCCGUAUUGGUGUUUACGAAAUUCUGGCAUAAAACAACUUUAAACGCAAAUUGAAGUUUGCUUCUAUUUCCAUUUUCAGGUGGCCUAACUCUAUCCCUCACCAGUUUAGUUUCAACAGUUUCAACUUUUGUCGUGCAAGGUUAAUUGAUAUGGACGUAAGGUAGUUUAUAUUUAGAAAAAAUAUAAUCACAUAUUCUAUCCAUUUGUCUAUCCAAUAAACAUACAAAAUUUAGUAACAAUGAAACUUAAAUCGACUAUUGAAUAUUGAUGCUUAUUCAGAUGUACACAAAACUGAAUUAAAAAAAUAUGACCCUAAGGUUCUAGUGUAGGUAACAGUCCGUUUUGGCACGGUUUGGAAAGUAGAUUCUAUUGCGAGAAACCGGCAGAAAUCCAGCUUUAAUAUUAUCACUUUUUGAUUAAAAAAAAAUUUAUCAGAAAAAUCUCUGGAUAUUUGUAUUUCAAGGAAAUUUUUAGCGAGAUGUAGGUACGAUGCCAAAGAAAUUAAGAGACAUUUCUAUUCUGUUUUGUAUAAGACUCGUGUACAUCUGAAUUAGCUCAAAGUGUAGUGCUUACUAAAUAUUUAGCUAAAUGACUAAACAGAAGGGGUAAUUUGAAGCGCAAAUUACAAGCACUAAGCAUGCACUAGAACUAAGUAAACGAAGCGAUUUGCAUUCAUGAGAAGACGCGAGAUGAAUCUAUGUUAGCUUUCCUCUUAGAAAUUAGUAAAGCAGUCGUCUUGCUUAUACAAGGAUAACCCAGUUUUUGUUAAUUUUCAGUAAACGACGAAGCAUAGAAAUCGAAAAAGGGGCCACAAACUCAGAUCAAAUUUUAUUAAUGGCCGACUCAAAAUAACAGUUACGAACUACUCGUACAAUCGAAUUGACGACACCAGCCUUUUUUUUAUCUCUCGUUUUACAUGUUUAGGUUGAAGUACACUCUGAAAAAUACUUAUGUUUUUUCAAAAUAUGUCUUUGUGUAGUAAUAACAGAUUUCUUUAACUUUUCUAAAUGAGAAGCUGGCGAACAAAAAGGUGUGAUUACACCUAUCAAAAUAGUUU